AUGUCGCACCUUCGUCUCCUCCCACUCUUUGCAGACCUGAUGGCGCUCUUCGCCCUCAUAUUCGCUAGCCCGCUCGCGGCUGACGUCGAGGCGGUGAACGGUAGCGAGCCAGCGCCCGAUGCGAACGGCAAGCUGUGCGGGUAUUCCGCUAUCCAGGAGGGUGGGUUCGUGGUGGAGCUGUACACGAACCCCUGCACCGACGCCGACCAGGCCGAGCACUUCCAGACCAUCUACAACAAGUACUGCACCCUGUGCAUCAUGUUCACGGGACGCGGCUGCACGGGCGACACGACGUUCGUAGGCGGCGUGAUGCAGGACAGCAAGUACAUCGCCCCGAGCCAGAGCUACUACUGCCCAUGGGAGAAGACAGACAUCGAGGCGGCGAAGAAGAAGUAUGGCAUUGAGUAA